AUGCGUCCACCCCUCCACCUCCUCGCACUCCCCUCCGUCUUCGCACUCACACCAUCCGCCCCCAACCCCGCCUCCAACGCAACAUCCGACGCGAAUGCAUCGGGCGUAACAGCCGACGCGUCCCUCGCAGCGAACAGGACCUUCGACUACAUAAUCCUCGGCGGCGGCACCGCCGGCCUCGCGCUCGCCGGGCGCUUAACAGAAGAUCCACACGUAACCGUGCUCGUUAUCGAGGCGGGGCCGGACAACCGCACGAGCCCGAUCGAGAACAUCGUCGAUUUUCCCGUCGGGCUGUUUUCGGGCCUUGAUUGGGCGUAUGAGACGGUGGACGGGAAGACUAUACACGGGGGACGGACGCUGGGCGGGAGCUCGGCGAUCAACGGCGGGACGUGGACAAGGGGCGCGAGGGCGCAGUACGACGCUUUUGGCGCGCUUUUGGAGCCUGAAGACAGGGAUAAAGGGUGGGACUGGGAGGGGAUGCUGUAUUAUAUGAAGAAGUCAGAGCACUUCACGCAGCCGAACGCGACCCAACGCGCCCUGAACUACACCUCCGUCCCCCCCGCCCACGGCCGCGCCGGCCCCGUCCACGCGGCCUUCCCCACGGACCUCUUCACGGGCCCCGCGAACCCGUUCUUCGUCGACACCGUGCGGAACGUCACGGGCAUACCCAUCAUACCCGACGCGAGCGCCGGGGACCCGCGCGGCGUCGUGUAUGUCCCCACCAGCCUGGACAAGUUCGACAAUGACCGCCGGAGCUCGUCCGCGAGCGCGUACCUCACGCCCGUCGAGCGCGCGCGGCCGAACUGGCUUACGCUCGUCGGGCACAGCGCCACUAGGAUCCUCUUCUCCCCGUCCUCCCCCACCAACACCUGCUCUUCCGCACCGCUGCGCGCAACAUCCGUCCAAUUCGCCCUCACGCCGCCCCUCAACGCAUCCACGUCCCUCUCCCAAUCAGAUGUCGUGUACUACACGGCCCACGCGCGCCGCGAAGUCAUCCUCGCAGCCGGCGCGCUCCGCACGCCGCAGAUUCUCCAGCUCUCCGGCGUCGGCCCCGCGGCGCUGCUCGAGCGUCUCGGGAUAGAGGUCCUGCGCGAUCUGGGGGGCGUGGGGCGGAAUCUGCAGGAGCAGACGAAUAGCGCGCUCGCGGCGUACGGACGACAGGGCGGCUUUCCCUUUGGCGGGGUUGGGCCGAACAGUGUCAUUGCGUUUCCGAGCAUACGCGACCUCUUCGGCGCCAACGCCAGCGCACACAUCGCACAGAUUGAGGCGGGGCUGGACGAGUGGGCCGCGAGCCAGGCGCGUAACACCGGUGCGGGGCCCGCGGCGCUGCGCGAGGUGUUCGGCGUGCAGGCGCGGAUCAUCGUCAACGACAGCGCGCCGCUGGCGGAGCUGUGGUACGACCUGGACGACGCGCCGGUGUACGUCGCUGUUCCGCUGUGGAAUCUCCUGCCGUUUUCGCGCGGGAACGUCUCGAUCAGCACAACGAACCCGCUCGCCCCGCCCCUCAUCGCGCCCAACUUCUUCAGCAUCCCAUUCGACAUGCGCGUCCAGAUCGCCGCCGCGCGCCUCGUGCGCAGCAUCUUCUCCACUUAUCCCUUGAGCGAGAUCACGGGCGGCCCGGCGAUUCCGAGCGUGGAUGAGGUGCCGGAGGACGCGAGCGAUGCGGAGUGGGCGGAGUGGAUUUUGGGCGCGGUCGAGGGGAAUUCGCAUCCGAUUGGGACGGCCGCGAUGAUGCGGCGCGCGCUCGGCGGUGUUGUUGACGCCGAAUUGCGAGUUUACGGCACGGAGAAUCUGCGCGUGGUCGAUGCCAGUAUACUGCCGAUCCAGCUUAGCGCGCAUUUGUCGAGCACGGUGUAUGGGGUCGCGGAGAAGGCGGCUGAUAUCAUUAAAGAGGCGUGGAGUCGAAAGGGUGGCGAGGGGGAGUGA